CCUGAACGUCACAAUGGUUUCUUUCUCGCCCGAUGCAAAAUGGAAUAAUAAUACAUUUAGUUAAACACCUUUCUGUCUGUUGUUUGGAUUAGUGUGUUUUGGUGUAUUGAUCCAUCAUCAACAUCAUGCCUCUGACACAAGCUGUGAUCAGUGGAGCUCAAAAACUGGUCCUCUACGAGACAAGGGCUAGAUAUUUUCUUGUGGGGAGUAAUAAUGCUCAAACCAAACACCGCGUCCUGAAGAUCGACCGAACUGAACCACGAGAUCUGGUCAUUAUUGACGACAAGCAUGUAUAUAGUCAACAGGAAGUCCGGGACCUUUUGGGAAGGUUAGACCUCGGAAACCGCACUAAGAUUGGACAGAAGGGCUCCUCUGGGCUUUCCAGAGCUGUGAAUGCCUUUGGUAUUGUAGGCUUUGUCCGCUUUCUGGAAGGCUACUACAUCAUUCUGAUCACCAAGCGACGCAAGAUGGCUGACAUAGGGGGUCACUCCAUCUAUAAGAUAGAAGACACCAACAUGAUUUAUAUCCCUCAUGACUCAGUCAGAGUCACACAUCCUGAUGAAGCUAGAUAUGUGAGAAUGUUCCAGAAUGUAGACCUGUCCAGUAACUUCUAUUUCAGUUAUAGCUAUGACCUGAGCCACUCUCUGCAGUCUAACAUGACUCUUCUCCAAACACCCUAUUAUCAUGGAGAAAAUGAGGAGCUCCACACUGGUAGCAGCAGCAAACAGGACACUUUUGACAUCUUUGAGGAUGAAGGUCUUCCUACGCAAGUGGUAAAUAGCUUGAAGAACGAACCCUAUGCUAAAUAUGUGUGGAACAGUCGUCUGGUGGAAAAAGUUAAGGACACAGUGCAUCCAGACUGGCUCCUGUAUAUCAUCCAUGGCUUCUGUGGCCAGUCUAAAUUGUUGAUCUAUGGACGGCCGGUUUAUGUCACUCUGAUUGCUCGACGUUCCAGCCGUUUUGCUGGGACCCGCUUCCUGAAAAGGGGAGCCAACUGUGAGGGUGACGUGGCAAACGAAGUGGAGACUGAGCAGAUCAUCCACGAUGCUUCAGUCAUGUCAUUUACAGCAGGCAGCUACUCCUCUUAUGUGCAAGUCCGAGGCUCUGUACCUCUCUACUGGUCUCAGGACAUCUCCACCAUGAUGCCCAAACCACCCAUACGAUUGGACCAGGCCGACCCAUAUGCCCAGGUUGCGGCACUUCACUUCGAUCAGAUGCUGCAGCGGUUUGGUUCUCCAAUCAUUAUCCUCAACCUUGUGAAGAAGCGAGAGAAGAGAAAACAUGAAAAAAUCCUAAGUGAGGAGCUUUACCCAGCCAUCAUCAAUCUCAAUCAGUUCCUUCCGCCAGAGCACUGCAUCGAUUACAUUGCCUGGGAUAUGGCUCGUUACACCAAGAGUAAACUUUUUAAUGUAUUGGACCGGUUGAGUAUGAUUGCUGAGAACGUGGUGAAGAGGACUGGCUUCUUUGUCAACCGAUCUGAUUUCUACUGUCACAUGUUACGGCCGGAUGAUAGAUGGGGUGAUUUGGGAGGACUGCUUACUGCUCAUGGUAGAAUACAGACUGGAGUUUUGAGGACUAAUUGUGUGGACUGCUUGGAUCGAACCAACACUGCCCAGUUCAUGGUGGGAAAAUGUGCUCUGGCCUAUCAGCUUUAUGCCCUCGGGAUGAUUGACAAACCCAAGUUACAGUUUGACACUGACUGCGUCAGGUUGUUUGAGGAGCUGUAUGAAGAUCAUGGAGACACGCUGUCGCUACAGUAUGGUGGCUCGCAGCUAGUCCACAGAGUCAAAACCUACCGCAAGAUUGCCCCAUGGACACAGCACUCCAAAGACAUCAUGCAGACGCUAUCUCGUUACUACAGCAAUGCUUUCUCAGAUGCAGACAGACAGGAUGCUAUAAACCUUUUUCUCCAGGUGUACCAGCCUUCAGAGUCCAAGCCGCACUUGUGGGAACUGCCUACGGACUUUUACCUCCACCAGAGCAACACCAUGGCUCUACCCCAAGAGAGACGCAGUUACACUUACUGGUGGGCAGACGGUUUGUUGUCCUACCUUCCUGUACCCUAUGAUGAAGUCCCCUGUGAGAGGAACAGGAAGAAGGUGGUAGUGAAACGAGUGAAUCGCUAUGAUGAGAGCACAGACAUGUACACGGAGUUCUUCAAACCUUAUGAAAUCACUUCUUUUGAUGAUACAUUCUGUAUUGCCAUGACCAACUCGGCAAGGGAGUUUAUGCCAAAGAGUGUCGGCCUGGAUCCUAGCCCUUUCACCGUGCGUAAACCAGAAGAGACUGGCAAAUCAGUGCUGGGUAACAAGUCUAGUAAAGAAGAGGCUGUGCUACAACGUAAAACGGCAGCUAGUGCUCCUCCUCCACCCAGUGAAGAGCAGAUCUCCAGCAGCUCUGAGGAUGACUCUGAGGAAGAUCGAGAAGACGAAGCCACCGCUUCUCAGCGUUACACGCCAAUCAAGCUCACGGAGUCCAGAGACAAUGUCUACAUUCAAGAGGAGCAACAGCAGCAGCCUGCAAGGGAGCCGUAUGGGUUGAACCUGUCUGCUUUACCCAGGGAAGAGGACCUUUGUAUAUAUCACAGAUUUUCUCACCUUGGACGGAACCAGCACAAAGUGGAAAGGAAUGAGCAGUUAAUGGACACCAAGAAAUUUCUGGAAAAUGUCAUCAAUCUAGUUCCAGUGUCAUUGUUCAGCGGCGACAGUAUCUAUGAGAUGUCGGCUCCACAGGUUGACUUGGAGACCCAGAAUGUUUUCCGUGCCCACAUCCAUGCUAGCCAGGGUUUGCAGAGAAGACUGUGCAAAGAAGACGAGGUCAUCUACCGCGAAUAUGUAAAAAACAGAUACAUGUGACAUGUUAGUCACAUGUUCUAUCAUUUAUAAAAGUAUUUCAGUAAGCCUGAAAGAAGACCUUCUAGCAACUCAACAUUGGAAGUUCUUUUCAAAAAUAAAAAUAAAACAAAGAACAAUUUCUUCACUUGACCGUCCUCAUAAAAAAUUUGUCUCAGGUUGCACACAAUUCAUCAGAAGGUCUGCUCUCUGAUUCUGUGGACCCUAAUUACCACCAUGACAUUUUGGAAUUGUGCUUGGUUUUGAGAUUGUAUUACACAUGAUCUUAUUUUAUUUGCAGUUAUAUCCCAAGGACUAAUUCCACUGAUUUAUUUCCAGUACCUUAAAAUAUCCACUGUAUAUUCCUUGCUUUUAUGAGUGUUGAUUUCACAGAUUAUACAAGUUAUACAGGCUGGACUGCUAUUGUGCCUUGUCCCUCUUUAGCAUCUUUUUUUUUUUUUUACCUUAAUUAUUCGUAUUGUUCCAUGAUUGUCUCAUUAUUGUGUCACCAGUCAAAAGUCUGGACACCUACUCAUUCAUAGGUUUUUCUGUAUUUUGACUAUUUUUUAUAUUGUAGAACAAUACUGAAGACAUCAAAGCUAUGAAAUAUAUAACAUAUGGGACAUAUUUGGAAUUAUGUGGUAAACAAUAAAAGUGUUUAAAAAAAUCUUUAAUAUUUUAGAUUCUUCAACAUAGCCACCCUUUACUUUAAUGACACUUUGCACACUAUUGGCAUUAUGUUAACCAGCUUCAUGAGGUAGUCACCUGGAAUGCUUUUCAGUUAACAGGUGUGCCUCUCCAAAAGGUAAUUAGUGGAAUUACUUACCUUCUUAAUGUGUUUGAGAUCAAUAAACAGAAAAUAGUCAGUAAAUAAUAAAAAUACAAGUAAAUAGCCCUAUUCCACAACUAUAGUAAUCCAUAUUACAGUAUGUCAAGAACUGCUCAAAUAAGUAAAGAGAAAUGACAGUCCAUCAUUACUUUAAGACAUGGAAUGACUCUUAAUAACAAAGAGAAAGCAUUGAAUUAGAAGGUGUCUAAACUUUUGACUGGUAAUGUAUGUUAAAUUAGCUUCUGUAUACAUCAUUUAAUAAUGUUAAAUUUGUGUAUUUAUUAUACUUCUGUCUGACUACUAGUUUUUAAUUUGUUUCUCACAACAUUGUGCACUGUUUUCAUGCUUUGGAUCUGGUCGAUCUAAGGGAUCAUUAUGUGAUGAUCCCAAGAUCAUCAAGGAGUUGUUUCACUCUGUUUUUGUUCAGUCCUCUCUCCCUUAGUCUCUUUUGCCCAUGAGCCUUGUGACUCCAGAGAAGAUGGACAAGCCAUACAAGCAGCAGCAUGGGAGAGUCACCUGACUUGGUGUACAAAUGACAGGGCAAUCUCACAAAAAAUACACUGGUGGACACAUGCAGGCACAUUCAUAUGAACACGCAGACUUUGGGAUCAUCACAUAAUGGAUUAGCACUUAUUAAAAAUAAAUUGGAUCAUAAUAAGCCUGACAAAAAGAAAAGCAUGAUUCAAAGAGGGGUUUUUCAAUCUUGCACAUUUCUCUGGAAUAAAAGUGAACACGAGGGUGUUUGUGCACAUGCUGGACUUGUGCACUGACUAAAACAGACCCGAACAAAUUAUUUAACAUAAGCAAGAAAAGGCCUUUUUUUCUCUAAUACAACCUUUUUCCAAAAAAGUUGGGACACUGUGUAAAAUGUAAAUAAAAGCAGAAUGUGGUGAUUUGCAAAUCA